AUGGGGGCAGAGGCUAAAGCGGCUUGGGCCAGAGGGUUGAGACAGGAAUAUAAGGUGGACUUUGUGGCGAUUCAAGAAACGCAGAUUGAUGAGGUUAGUUCUUCUCUAUCUUCCAAAUAUUGGGGUAUUUCUGAAUUCCAGUCGGAGUCAGUUGGGGAUGCUGGGAGAUCAGGGGGGCUGUUAUGCAUAUGGGACCCACAGGUUUUUCGGAUGCAGGAGGUUUCUAAACACCGCCACUUCCUUUUGGUUAAGGGGGUUAUGAAAGGAAACAAUCAAGCCCUUAAUGUUAUGAAUGUCUAUGCUCCUCACAGCAACUCGGAGAAAAAAAUGUUAUGGAAUUAUAUUCGCGAGAUCAUAAGUGCAGGUGCUGGGCAAUGGGUUUUAUUGGGAGAUUUCAAUGCAGUCAGAGGUCCGGAAGACAGAUUGAACACAGGUUUUAACAGGGUGUGUGCUCAUGAUUUUAAUGAGUUUAUUGACUAUAUCGACUUUGUGGAGUAUAAUAUGAGAGGUCGAAAAUUUACUUUCCUCGCCCCGAACUCAAACAAACUUAGCAAAAUUGAUAGGGUGCUGGUGGGUUUCGAAGAGAUGUUGGAAAAUGCAGUUGCCUCUUACGCCAAUGUGGGAGUGAAUCCUGAUGUGGUCUUGACCAAUAAAUUUAAACAUUUAAGAAACUGCAUUAGAACGUGGAGAAGCAAUCAGGAAAGUAUAGAGAAGGAAGAUUAUGUGAGAGACAAAGUGGAGCUAGAAAAAUUGGAUCAAAUUGUAGAAAACAGGGACCUGGAGGAGGAGGAAGUUUGGAUAAAAGAGGAAUGUUUAAGUAAUAUUCGGGUUCGCGAGUAUCUUAUUGCCUUGGACUUAAAGCAAAAAUCGCGGUGUAGAUGGGCGGUUGAGGGGGACGAGAAUUCUGCUUUUUUUUCACAGGCUCGUAAAUAA